CAAUGUUUACUUCCGGUUGAAAAUUGAUAUUUUGAGAAUUUUAAUUGGAGCCGAAGGAAGGGAAAUUCUGUGUAAUGCAGAAAUAACCGACUGGUAUCUCAGAUGAAUUGAAGCCACACAACCCCUCGGAACCAUGUCGAUUGAACUACAUGAAAUCGGGGCGUCUGCCUCUGCGACCACAUCUACCAAUCCACAGCAAGCAGAGCAGAAGUCACGUUCCAGUGCCUGGCAACGACUUCAGAAGCGACUCAAGCGUAAAGGGGUAGUUGAGGUUGACAUUGACCACCAUCGCUAUGACAUGUUGAACUGUAUCCGGAGCGGCAUCAGACAUGUGCUUCUCAACCAUCCAGAACUGGGACCAAAGGAGAGUCUGGAGGCUGACGACUACCAGCAUGUGUUGGAGAAGAAGGUGGAGGGCCCUGAUGGACAGGUAUUUGUGUUUGCCAGUUAUGCCAGCUCAGCGUUUGCAGCUAUCCGCCGCGCCAUUGGUCUGCGACAAGACAUCUACCUGGAGUCUGUUGCUCCCGCCAAACUGCCAUACCUCGAGUUUGUCAGCAACUCAAAGAGUGGACAGGACUUCUUCCUCAGCAAUGAUCAGCAGUAUUUACUGAAGACUGAUAGAAAAUAUUGCAUUGACUUCUUCCUCUCCACCCUUGGUGACUACCUGCAGCACUUCCUCAAGUUUCCCCACUCCCUGAUAGUCAAGUACCUGGGCUUAUACUCCAUACAGAUGCCAGGCGAGAGGAAGAAAUACUUUGUGGUCAUGCAGAGUAUAUUUUACCCCAGUCAUCGUAUUGAGACAAGAUUUGACAUUAAGGGAGCUCUGGCUGGCCGAUAUCAACAGCCAUACCCCCCAGGCAGCAACAUUGUCACGGUGCUUAAAGACCAGAAUUUCCUCAAUGAAGUCAUUGACUUGGGACCACAGAGGGAAUGGUUCAUCACCCAGCUUAAGGCAGACACCGAGUUCUUGAAGGAAAUGGCAGUGCAGGAUUACAGCCUCCUGAUUGGUGCUCUGGUCGAAUCCCUCCCAUCGACAGCCUCCUCCUCGUCCGACAACAGCUCCCCUGAACAUCACAAUGGGAACGUUGAAGGUGGUGGCAUUGAGAUGCACUCAAUUCCAGGAACACCAAAUGAUGAUACCAAGACCAGCGUGGACGAAAAAUCCCGGGUACGUAAGACUGGCGUGUUCUUCCCUCUUUCCCUGACAGAAACCUCGUAUCUUGACGGGCUGAUGACGGCAGAGAACCGCCGUCUCCUACCCAACUGCAAGAACGCCUUACACAUCAUCGACGGCCCCACCCACCGUUACUUCCUCGGUGUGAUCGACUUCUUCACACUGUACGAGUAUCGACAGAGGACUGGGCGGAUCUACAAGAACAUCAAAUACUGCUGCGCGGACCACUCCACUGUACCCCCUGGCGAGUAUGGGGACCGCUUCUUGCGUUUCAUCAUUGAACACGUCAAGUGAACUAUGGGGAGUGAGGGUAUAUGAGUCGAGAUAGGUUUAGUUUUGACUCUGUGUCACUGUCUGUGAAUGUGUUGCACACGAUGCUAUUGAACUGGUUCUUCCAGUGCUUCAUAUACUCAAAUACUCUCAGUUUCCUGUUUAGUUGGACGUUCGACUGUUAAGUUAAUGUUUAAGUCUAAGCAACACCUCCAUGCUGAGUAGGACUUGUAGUUAGACUACAGUGUACCCAAUACUCAAUACGGUCUUAAUUAUUUGUGAGUUAUGGCAGUGCUCUAUUUUAUUAAUAUAUUGCAUUGGUUUGAUGUAAAGACAAAUGUCAUCUUUCUGGAAUAAUCUCUUUAUUAAAUAAUGUAAUGUGUAAUUAAUCAGGGGGUUGACUAUUUGAUACUCUGGGGGCUGGAAUUUAAAGGAUGUAAUCUGUUCCCAAAAUACUGGAUACAACUAUUGUGUCCCAGAUGUGUUGCUGGUCCAAAAAGGUUAAGUACCUCCUUUCAUAUUGAAAAAAUAGUACCGGUAUGUCUUUAAUACUGACUGCAAAAAAUCCUAUAUCAACAAAACUCACAGGCAUCCCAAG